UCCAUCAACUGCAGAUUUUUUAAUGGAAAAAAAAUAUAAUUUAGGAAUAAGUUUAUUCGAACGUAUGAUACGUAAUAAUGUUGAAUGUAACGUAUUAGAAAUUCAACAUCGCAUGCGACCGGAAUUCGCAAAAUUAAUCGUUCCAACAAUUUAUCCUGUAUUACAUAAUCACGAAUCGGUUUAUAAUUUCCCACGAGUGAGAGGAGUCCGAAAAAAUCUCUAUUUCAUCACUCACGCGAACUUGGAGAGCAGGGAAAAGGAUGAUAGUAAAUUAAACAUGUUCGAAGUGGAAUAUUUAAUUCGUUUGGCGCAAUACUUGAUUUUAAAUGGUUAUAAACCGGAAGAUGUAACCAUACUUUGCGCUUAUUCCGCGCAACUUUUCAAAAUGUUUGCGGAACGUAAAAAGUUCCCGCUUCUACGUGAUAUACGAAUAUGCGUUUUAGAUAAUUAUCAAGGAGAAGAAAGCAAAAUUAUACUGUUAUCCCUUGUUAGAAAUAACAAAGAAAAAAAUGUGGGAUUUUUAAAAAUCGAUAACAGAGUUUGCGUGGCGUUAUCGCGUGCACGAGAAGGAUUUUAUAUUAUGGGAAAUAUGGAAAUGUUAACUCAAGCAUCUCAAGAUAUUUGGGGAAAGAUAAAAGUUACUCUGGAAAAAGAAGAAAGUCUCGGAGAAGCUUUACCGUUAUCUUGCGAAAUUCAUAGGAAUAAAAUAACUUACAUAAAAUCUAUCAACGAUUUUAAAAAAGUUGUUGAGGGCGGUUGCGAUGAAUUAUGCAACAUUUUACUCAGUUGUGGACAUUUUUGUAAAAUGCAAUGUCACACUAGAAACCGUGAACAUACAGAAUCAAAUUGUCGUGAGAAAUGCAUGAAAUUACUCUGCGAUGACGAACAUCCUUGUCCUAAAAAAUGUUUUGAAGAAUGCGAUUUAUGUAUGGUUGCUGUUUCGAGGACUCUUCAAUGCGGUCACGUUGGUAUCUUCGCAUGUUCUGACCGAGAACUUCUGUGCAAAGAGAUUGUGGACGUUACACUUUCAUGUGACCACAAAACGCGAAAACCGUGUCACUUACCAACCGAAUUAGUUAAAUGUCCACAUCCCUGUGAUGUUCGUGUCGAAAGUUGUGGACAUGUCUGCGCACAGAAGUGCCAUAAAAAUAAUGAUCCAGAUCAUUUAGAGUAUAAAUGUCAUAGAACAUGUAAUAAACAACGUCCAGGAUGUAUAACUAAUUUAGAUGAUCAUCGAUGUAGGAAAUUUUGCUAUCAGGAAUGUGAUGAGUGCGAUAUCGUUGUAAAAAAACAAAGAUCCUGUGGUCAUGUAUACGCAAUGAAGUGUAGCGUGAGCGUUGAAUUGUCAGAAUGUCCAAAACCGUGUAAAGAAAAAUUACCUUGCGGACAUCCAUGCAAACAAAAAUGUUCUGAUCCAUGCGGAAACUGUAAGGUCAUUGUGGAAAAAAUAGUAAUUGACUGUGGCCAUAAAAUUAAAAUACCAUGUAUGGAGACGCCUACUAAAAGCAAAUGUAAAGGAAAAUGUCCAUUGAAGUUACCCUGUGGACAUCAAUGUCAAGAAAAAUGUAAAGAUCCAUGCACUACUCAAUGUAAAGCUUUAACAAAAAGUAUUCAUCCAUUACUUUGUGGACAUAAUGCGGAUAUUCCUUGUUCACUAAAUAGAGUUGCUGAAAUUAAUACAAAUUCAACUUUACUAUCCUAUUGCAAAGAACCAUGCAACGUAACAUUGAAAUGCAAUCAUAUAUGCAAAGGAAAUUGUGGUGAAUGUUAUCAAGGUCGCAUCCAUAAAGUGUGCAGCUCGGAUUGUGGAGUGCCUUUGGUGUGUGGACACGUUUGUAAAACACCUUGUCGGGCCGAAUGCCCACCAUGCAAUCAAAAGUGUCAAGUAAGAUGUCCACACACUAAAUGUGGCAAGAGAUGUGGUGAAAUUUGCACACCGUGCAAUGAACAUUGCACACGUAGAUGCGUUCAUCAAGCUUGUAAUAAUCCUUGUGAACAGAUAUGUUCAGUUGGUCCGUGUAACAGAAUUUGUCCGCUAUUGUUAAAGUGCAAACAUAAAUGUAUCGGAUUCUGUGGAGAUCCAUGUCCGCCAUUAUGCAGAAUUUGUGAUAACGAACAAGUUACUGAGAUAUUUUUUGGAAACGAAGAUGAACCAAACGCUAGAUUCGUUUUGCUUGAAGAUUGUCAACAUGUCAUUGAAAGUGAAGGGAUGGAUGAGUGGAUCAAGGAAGAGAGUAAAGGUGAAAUUACAAGUAAAGGUUGUCCGAAAUGUAAAACUCCGGUUAUUAAUACAAGCAGAUAUAGAGAUUAUGUUAAAGCUUCAUUGAGAGAUAUUAUGGAGGUUAAGAAAAAGUUUUAUGGUGAUUUAGGGGAAAAUAUUCGUAUUGGAAAGGAAGAAAUUCGAAAAUUGGAUUAUUUAUGUAGAAAUUCAUCACUUCAAACAGUUUGCCCAAUAGUACAUGAUCUCCAAAGAUUAUUCGAAGAUCAAUUAAAACCCGUCAAACAAGGAAAACGUAAAAUGCUAACGAAAUUAACAGUAAAUUCGACAAUCGCAAAAAUACAAAUCUUAGAAAAUAUAUGCAACCUCUACCAGAAGAACUUUGGCCAAGUUAACGUAUUUAACAUCAGCCCAAAAAAUCAACCCAAUAAUAAAUGUAUAAAUUACAUUAAUUUCCUUCUAAAUCGUUUAAACACCGAUCCAGAACGUAUGACUCAACAAGAAGUUGAAGAUUUUGAGCUUGAAUUAAAACGAUUGCGCCGAAUUAUACAAUUGGAAUCUAUAUCACAUCGAUUAUCCAUUAGUAAACGUCAAUCCCCGGAAUAUAGGAAUGUAGAACAUAAAAUAUAUAUCUUAAAACGUUAUAACGGUCAGUAUGAUGCCUCCAUUAAACCAUUACUUGAAGCAUUGCGUAAUAGUGUGGGCAUAUUAGAUGUAAGCGAAGAUGAAUUAAAACAAAUCAUAAAAGUGAUUGGGGUUAGAUCUGGUGGUUGGUAUAAGUGUCCUAAUGGGCAUCUUUACGCGAUUGGAGAAUGUGGUGGAGCGAUGCAAGAAGGGAAAUGUCCCGAUUGUGGAUCUAAGAUUGGUGGGCAAAGUCAUCAAUUAACCUCUGGUAACACUCACUCUAACAUUGAUGGAUCACGAUUCGCAGCUUGGUCGGAACAAGCCAACAUGCAAAAUUAUAGAUUUGAUUUAUAAUUAAGUAUGUUUUUGAAACAAAAAAAAUUUUGUUUAAUUAACCAAUUUUUUUUGUUAUAUAUAUUUGUUUUAUUAAUGAAGUCUUUCAAUUGCGGUGUACUUUUAAUACAAUAAAAAUGUACAACAAUUUAA